GGAACGCUGUGUGCAAGGACCAGAUGCUGGUUAGCAGGAGGCGAGAUGGGGCGGCCAGACCGAGAGAUGAGCGGUCCAGCGGUUUAAGAGCAGCCGAGAUGCAGGAUGGAGGAGAGGAAAGGUGAAUGCCAUUUGUUGCUUUAUUGACUGGAGCAAGAGGGCCGGUCAACUGAGAGUGACGCGGAAUGAAUAAUGGCAUAGGAGAGCGCGGCACGCAGCGAUCCAGAGGCAGUUAAGUGUGCGGCGAGGCGGCGGCGGUGCUGAGCCCAAGGUUGGCGCCCCGCAGGAUUUAUUCCGAGGAAUUCUCCCAGUGCAUAUCAUGAGGGCAGUGCAACUCGAAGUAGAGGGAUCAGAUCCCACGGGGCAAAAGCAGGCGGGGAUCGGGUUCUUCUAACGUCCGAGCCGAUGGAGAAAAGUGACAGGUUGAUUUUUUGUUCUUUCUUUUUUUUAAGAGAGAGAGACAGAACCGCUCAGGGACAGAAAUAACUUCAAUCAGAGAGAAAGGAGGCGCGGGAGGGGGAAUAUAAACUAAAGGAGAUCAAGGGAAAGAGAAGGAGAUUAAUAUAUCAAAAACGCAGCUUAGUCUUAAAGGACCUCCAAAAGGCUUCUGUAAUGAGGCUGGGAAUGUAAGCUUGUUGUAACUCCUGAGCAAGCUAAAAAGGAGGGGGUGGGAGAGAAAGAAGCGGGGUCGAUGGACAUCGCUGGGAAAAGGGCAGACGGGACCCUCUCCUGCAUCUCAGACGCUCCUUGACACUUGACGAGGCGCCUGAGAAACGUGGCCCCGGAACCCCUGGCUCGGUGGGUCUUCCGUCCAUGGCAGAAGCUGCUGAAGUCUGCCGGUGCGAGUCUUUAAAGGCAAAGGAUCCGAUUCGGACCCGGCCGGCGUGUGAGGAGAGGCCGAUCCUCGGGUUGCAGAGUCAAGUAUCCAGAGAGAGGCUGAUCUGUUGAGAGUAGGACAGGGUGAUCUCCCCAGAGGGGUGUGCGUAGCAGCAAGAGGCAGGGCUGUGGCGUCCCCGAAACUGAUACCGGGACUUAAGAGCAACAAAACAAAUCUGCAACCGCAGACUGAGCAAGAGAGUGGUUUGAAAGCAACAUACAAAAGGCACAGGACGACUUGUUUUUUUUAAAAUCUGAAGAGGGAAGAAAAAGAGGGCAGCCUCACUGAGGAUUUAAAGCAGCAGCACAAGACUCACACCAGAAAGUUGCAAGGGGGGAAAUAGUAACAAUCAUCUCAGUUCAGGGUGGUUGCAAGCUGCGAUGAAAAAACAUUGCUUUGUGGAGAAACCGGCCCUGUAAUGCUUUGCCAUCUUCAAAGGGCAGGGAGAUAAGGUAGGCUGCAUAUAGCAGAACUUAAGCGGUGCUGCUCUGAAGGAGAAGAAAGCGUUGCCAUCAGAAUUCGAGGCACAGGAAAAGGAGGAAACUGAACUUCAAAAAGUGAAGGAGCAGUGGUGCCUGUGUGUGAGAGAGAAGAUGGGAAAGGGUUUGGAAAGGUUAAUACAGUUUUCCAUGAUUGACACGCCUCUCCACUAGUUUUGAGAUUUGGGCUCCUGCUUAGCUCGAGUUGAUUUACUUGCAUCUUUUGAACCUGCCUGAAUAAUUUUUCCUUUCUGGAUCGACUGAAUGACCAGCCUGGCCUCCUUUUUUCAAAGAAAGAGUUGAGGGUUCUGUAUGAACCUAUGCAGGCCCGGAAAAAAUACAUUUUCAUGACUUUCUUUGCCACCUGGCUUCUGCUUUUCUUAUUUGGAGGAGACCAAAUCAGGCGCCUCCCAUUCUUCUCUAGCAAGAAAGCUGGAGGGCUAAAGAGCUGGCCCCGCUGGGCAGAUGGAUUUCUCCUGAAGAACUUUGCAGAUCCUGAAGAGCUCCAAAGUGAUGAUGGGGACCACGCUGAGCUGUCCCUCAAAACCCGGAGGGAGUUGAGGAAAAGCAUCUACAAGAACAGCAGAUGCCGCAUGGACACUUGCUUCGAUUUUUCCAAGUGUAGGGAACAUGGGUUCAAAGUCUUUGUCUACCCCUUGGAAAGAGGGGACCCUGUCUCAGAAAGUUACCUCAAAAUCAUCACAUCCAUUGAAGAGUCGCGGUAUUAUACCUCCAAUCCCGAAGAAGCCUGUCUCUUUGUCCUAAACAUUGACACUCUGGACAGGGACCACCUCUCUGUACAGUAUGUCCACAACAUCAAUGAAAAAAUCCAAGGCUUUCCUCUUUGGAACGAUGGCCGCAACCACCUCAUAUUUAACCUUUAUUCUGGCACGUGGCCUAAUUACACCGAAGACCUGGGCUUUGACAUUGGUCAGGCUAUCCUAGCCAAGGCAAGCUUUUACGUGGAGAACUUCCGGCCUGGUUUUGAUAUCUCCAUCCCUUUGUUUUCAAAGGACCAUCCCCAGAAAGGUGGGGAGAGAGGCUGGCUGCAAAAGACCUCUGUCCCUCCAAAGAAAAAGUACCUCUUGGUUUUCAAAGGAAAAAGGUACCUGACUGGUAUUGGUUCAGACACCAGGAAUGCCCUCCAUCAUAUCCACAAUGGCAAAGAUAUAAUUUCCCUGACCACGUGUAAACACGGCAAAGACUGGGUGAAACACAAGGAUAAGCGGUGUGACAAGGAUAAUACAGACUACGAAAAGUUUGACUACCAGGAACUUUUGCACAAUUCCACCUUCUGCAUCAUUCCCCGAGGGAGACGCUUGGGGUCCUUCCGGUUUCUAGAAGCACUACAGGCCGCCUGCAUCCCAGUGCUGCUCAGCAACGGCUGGGAGCUGCCAUUUUCGGAGGUGAUCGACUGGAGCAAAUCAGCCAUCGUAGGGGAUGAGAGGCUCCUUCUACAGAUUCCAUCUACAGUCCGAUGUCUCCACAGCGACAAGAUCCUGGCCUUCCAGCAGCAGACCCAGUUCCUGUGGGAAGCAUAUUUCUCCUCUGUGGAGAAGAUUGUGCAAACCACCCUUGAGAUCAUAAAGGAUCGGAUAUUUCAUCAGGAAUCCCGCCCAAAGUUCUUCUGGAACGCCCUUCCAGGAGGGCUGCUGGCACUGCCAGAAUACUCCACCCACCUCAAUGACUUCCCUUUCUACUAUCUGCAACAUGGAUCCAGCCCCUCCAACAAAUUUACAGCAUUCAUCCGAGCUGUCUCGCCUAUUGUCUCCCUUUCUCAGCCCAUCCUCAAGCUCAUCCAAGCUGUCUCUGGGUCCCAGUACUGCGCCCAGAUUUUAGUUUUAUGGAGCUGUGAGAAGCCACCCCCACAGAGCAGUAAAUGGCCUCAGACGACGGUACCUUUGACCAUCAUCCAAGGCAGCAGCAAGGUUAGUGACCGGUUUUUGCCUUACUCCGCCAUUGGGACAGAUGCGGUGCUGAGUCUGGAUGAACACACCAGCCUCUCAACCGGUGAGGUUGACUUUGCCUUUGUGGUGUGGAGAAGUUUCCCCGACCGGAUUGUGGGCUUCCCUAUGCGCAGCCACUUCUGGGAUGCCAGCAAGAGCCAGUGGAGCUACACUUCAAAAUGGACCAAUGAGUUCUCUAUGGUUCUCACUGCAGCUGCAUUCUACCACAGGUAUUAUCACAGCCUCUUCACCAAUUAUUUGCCUGCUAGACUAAGGAGCCUUGUUGAUCAGAUUGCCAACUGUGAAGACAUACUGAUGAACUUCCUGGUUUCUGCUGUCACCAAGCUACCUCCCAUCAAAGUGACCCAGAAGAAGCAGCACAGAGAGAGUCCCCCGCAGCAGCUGUUGAAGAGCGCUCCCCCAUCCAAUGGGAACCUUCAUUUCUCUCAGCGCCAGGAGUGCGUCAAUCAGUUUGCAGCCUGGUUUGGGUACAUGCCUCUGGUGCAUUCCCAGUUCCGCCUGGACCCCGUGCUCUUCAAGGACCAGGUGUCCGUGCUGCGGAAAAAGUACCGGCAUCUAGAGAGAGCCUAGCUCCAGAGAGAGCAGGAGGAGACCUCUUCCCUCUGGGACAAGAAACGGUGCAGAAGGAGCACUGGCAGACUCAGCCCUCCCUGUAUUGGACACUGGGAAUACCUGCAGUGCCGUGGCACACAGAUGGGUUGCUGAGCUGGGACCCAUUCCAUCAGUAGCAUUGCAAGGAAGGAGACUUCAGACCCCCCCAUGGGGCACUGCACCCAGAGCCUUCUAACUUUCGAUACUGAAAGGAGGAAUACUCUCGUCUUGCUGGUAGCUGUGGAGAUGCCAGAUGAAUUUUCAGUCUUUAUUGGGUUUUACCAGUACAAAUAAAGGUUUGCAGGAAUUG